CCUUCCCCUUCCAUCCCUCUGAUUGUUGCCGCCAUGGACUCCCGGACGACCCUGGUUCUGCUGUGUCUGGCCUACGUCCUCGGCGCGGUGCUCUGUGAUGGGGACGACGAUCACAACCUAUUCGGCAGCAUCAGGAACUGCGCCCCCGACAGCGACCUGGCGGAGCUCACGGGCGUGUCCGUGCUGGGCUUCAGGAAGAACGAUACGGUCUGCACGUUGCGCAGGGACAAGCACACCACCAUCUCCAUCGACUUUAUCAACAAGAAACGUGAGUGGCGGGUGACCUCCAAGGUGCACGGCGUCAUUGCAGGCCUGUCCAUGCCCUUCGACCUGAAGCACCCCGAUGCCUGCAAGGACACGGGUCUCGUCUGCCCGCUCGCCCCCGGCCCGCAGACCUACACAUACAGCAUCUUCGUUGACAAGAACAAGCCAAAACUGAAACACGUCGACGUGAAGUGGGAGCUGCUCAACGAAUUCAACAAGCCGAUCGUCUGUGUCCUCAUCCCCGCCAAAAUCCGGUAGUGCGCUUCUGGACUGUUUAAUAUCUCCUCUGUAGUUGUUUAAUUUUAUCAUAUGGUACAAAUAAAUGUUUCAAAAUCAGCGGUCGUAA